CUUACAUAUUUCCGGUUAGGAAGAGCGAGGUAGUCUCAUUUUAGUCAUUUAUGUAAACAUAUUGCCCUUCCUGCUGAUUGUCAUGAUUUAUUGAUUAAACAAAUACUUUUGAAAAAGCGAAAUUGCAGUCAAAGUACCGUAGCUCGCCUCCAGAUGUGACUUAUGCCCUCACGUGAAGUCUCAACCAAUUCACUUUUAUGGAUGCAUUCUUCCGACUACGCAAGAUAGACAAACAAACAGUUUACAGCAAUGGAAACCGAUGCUCCAUCUGAUGACGGUGAAAGUGAAAUACCUAUGAGAUUGUGUUCAAUGGCCAGCAUUCCAGAUUCUCUCCUCCUCAGUAUCUUCAGUAACCUGGUUGCGAAAGAUGUCUUGAAAGCUUCUCAGGUGUGCAGUCGGUGGCGAGCAGUAGCAUACGAUGAGAGCCUGUGGCGACAGCUAGUGUACAGGAAGUGGAACAUCAGUGGCAAGAUCGCUCCUGGGUACUGCUCCUGGAGGAAUGAGUACAAGCGGCUGUAUUACUACGCGCCUCUCGUCUGGAGUGAAACACUCACUGAACACUCAGAUGAAGUUCUACAUGUUAGCUUUGCACACAAUGGCUCUCUGUUUGCUACCACAUCAAAGGAUUGCUCGGUGAAGGUCUGGCAAGUUGGGUACCCUACAAGGCUGAAGUACAGCUAUGACUUCCGUGCUGGGUACAAGUGGGACUUCACUCAGUUCUCCUGCUUCAACGAGGCAGACACCAUGCUCCUAGUCUCCAGCGUCAAGAGCACAGAAAUGGACAGAAGGGGAUUUGUGGCAGUCUUGUCUGUCCAACACAAUUUCCAGCUACUCCGAGUGGUAUCCAUGGACCCGUCCCAGUUGUUUGGAACAUGGCUGAAUGGCUGCACCUUCUUGGGAGGGUCCCUUGAGAUUAGUCUAGACAGAUUUGCUACUACUGUCCAGAUACAAGCAUUUGAGGUUAAGGAUGUCCCACAGCUGCUUCCAGCAUCUGCAUCGGUUGAGACCCACUCAGGCCUUGCUCUGUUUACAUUCUGUAGUGAGACAGCCAGUCUCAUCAAGUUUCUCACUGUCGUUAAUGUGCCAUGCAAAGGUAUUUCUCCUAUUCAGGAAACCGAACUUGAAAAUAUUGAUGAAUCUGGGUGUUCAGUGAUUAACCAUGAACAUGAUGAAUGUACGAAAGAAGACGUGUAUCCUUCUGUUGCCACCUCAUCAGGAAACUCCAGCAAAGGGGAGCAGUUCUGUAGUAAUAUUGUGAUACAAGAAAACGGACACCCACUGCAUAUGGAUUAUUUGGAUGAUUCAGAAAUGGAGGAGGAACCGGAAGAAAAGUAUGUUACAAAGCGAAACACGAACACUCACCCGAAGAGGACUGUAACAUCAAUGCAUCACUUAAAACUGAGGAACUUGAUAUAUGUGACAGGGGAAUUUGCAGUGGCUCUGCACCAACUUGGGUUCAAAGAUAUUUCACCAAACACAAUUUCUGACAUUGUGGUUGAGCGGACGAUGGAGUCAGUUGUGACUGACCUUGACAGUAUUCAGAGCCACAUGGUGGUGAACUAUAGCAACCAGGACAUCGAGAUGAGGCGGAUUCGCAAACCUGACAUGUCCGAUCACAUGAUUGAUCUGAAUGGUCAUGUGACCGGUCUGUGUCUCUCUCAGGACAAUCGGUAUCUCUUUGUAAACUGUCGACCGUGGGUGGGGAAGAUCGAUCGCAGUGACCCAUGGGCAACACCAGAACUUUCCCCGGAGAUAGAAGUGCGGGUGAUUGACCUUCAGGACCUGAGUGACACAGGGGUCAGGUACAGAGGUCACAAGGGCUACUCCCAGUCCACGAUGUGCUGCUUUGUGUUCCUGGACUCCAGUGAACACUACAUCGGCAGCGGGAGUGAGGACACACAAGCUUACCUCUGGGACCGCCAUUAUCAGUGUUGUCUUGGUGUGUUUGGACAUGGGCCAGGUGUUGUCAACUCUGUUGGAUUUAGUCCUCGAGAUGAGGAAUACUUUGUGACUGUGAGUGAUGACCACACCAUCAAGAUUUGGCGAUCAAGAAACAGAUUAAAGCAAGUCAUAGAAAAUGCACAAUCUUUGGAUAGAUGACGGAGUAUGCAGAUGAUGAAUGUCUUUCUCUUGUAUGCUGUUUAAUUUAUUUUCCAUGUAUUUACUAAAUUUUGCAAUGUUGGAAUUAUUUCUACUCAUAUUUUUAAUGUCGGUGAUGUGUAGUCUGUAAUCAUCUAUAUUCUUUUGGGGCUUGAAAAUGUCUCAUAAAAUAUGCAUCGGUAUCUGCUUACAUUCUAAAUUUCAUCAAUAAAUCAGGUUGAACAUGAUUGUUUUUUCAAGACCUAAAUGUAUGCAUGUGAUAGGAACAUGAGAAUAUCAACAUGUUAUGUGUAUGAAACAACAUAAUUAUUUUAUAUCUAUGAUCUUUAAAUUGUUAUAGGACAUCUUGCAUAUGAUUUCAACAUUGCUUCUCCUCUCAUCCCCUUGAUGUCUACAUAUAGCCGAUAUUGGUUUGCAACUAGUCAGACAGAUUGAAGGUUGUGUGAUGUUCGUGGACUGAUAACCAUUGAAAGACUUUCUAAAUAAAAAAUAAUGAAUUUGCAAUUAUUAUGAGUAAUAGCACAUUGUAGCGUUGUCCUGGAAGCCUGUGGGUACCUGUGAGUCAGCAGCAGACUUAUCAGUGGUCGAUAUUGUGAACAUCCCUCUCCUGUUCAUACUCUGUACCAUUGUGACGGUAUGUGACCAUGUGACCUUAUCUAGGUCGUGGGGACCCAGCCCCAGAACCCUCAGGACAUAUUGUUUCUUUGUGUUUCAAGCUUGUUGCUUGAUCUUCUAUACUUGUCUUGAUACUCAUGCUAUGUGGUUCAAGGUCAUUUUUUAGAGUUUGUAUUUGAACAUGUUAUGAUCCAAGUUCUGUUCAACAUCAUGAAUGUGGGAAAUAAAUGUAAAAUAGUGCUCAUUCAGAACAGUGAGAAGAUUAUCUCACACUAAUAAGAGGGAUAUCCCUUCUUGACUGGAAUAAAUUGUACACUUUGAGGUCGACUAUGUAGGCAAAAUAUUUAUCUAUCAAAAUAUGUAAG